AUGAGGAAAAGUGUAUACCUGGACAACACAAUAGAGUUUCUGAAAGGUCGAGUCUACCUAGGCGCAUAUGACUAUUCUCCUCAAGAUAAUGAUGAAAUAGUAUUCUUCACGGUUGAAGACUCUAUCUAUUACAAUAGUUUCCACUUGGAUUUUGGCCCCAUGAAUAUUGGACAUCUUUACAGAUUUGCUGUCAUAUUUCAUGAGAUUUUGAAUGAUCCAGAUAAUACCAACAAAGCAGUUAUCUUCUAUUCUUCGACUUCAACAAGACAAAGAGCUAAUUCUGCAUGUAUGCUUUGUUGUUAUAUGGUUCUAGUUCAAGGAUGGACUCCACAUCAAGUGUUGCAACCUUUAGCGCAAGUGGAUCCGCCUUUUAUGCCAUUUAGAGAUGCUGGCUAUUCUAAUGCUGACUUUGAGAUAACUAUUCAAGAUGUCGUCUAUGGAGUAUGGAGAGCUAAGGAGAAAAGACUCAUUGAUUUGCAUUCGUUCAAUUUGGAAUCCUAUGAAAGGUAUGAGCAUGUCGAGAAUGGUGAUUUAAACCUAUUGACAUCUGAUUUUAUUGCAUUUGCAUCACCACAAGAGGAUUCCAGGUCUAUGGGUACAACUUCAUCUAAGUCCCAUUUAAAUCAACCUUUUAGAAGUGUGUUGAAAUAUUUCGUUAACAACAAUGUACAACUAGUGGUAAGAUUAAACUCGCACCUUUACAAUAAAAAACAUUUUGAAGACGUUGGAAUUAAGCAUAUCGAUAUGAUUUUCGAGGACGGGACUUGUCCUGAUUUAUCCAUUGUUAAGAACUUUGUUGGAGCAGCAGAGACUAUCAUAAAUCAGGGCGGUAAGAUAGCCGUUCAUUGUAAGGCGGGACUUGGUAGGACUGGCUGUCUUAUUGGAGCACACCUUAUCUAUACAUAUGGUUUCACAGCUAACGAGUGCAUAGGAUUUCUAAGGUUCAUAAGACCCGGUAUGGUCGUCGGUCCUCAACAGCACUGGCUUUACUUGCAUCAAAACGAUUUUAGAGAAUGGAGAUAUACGAUGAGACUAUCGCUGGUGCCGGAUGAUAUAAUCGGUGGCCUAUACCCAAUGGUUUCCCUCGAGAAAUAUAGAAUGCAAAAAAAGAAGCUCAAGGAUCACAAGAAGAAUCACGAAUCGGGCCAAGAUGAUAAUGACCUGGCUAUGACACCCCCAAGUGUAAACAAAAUAUCUAAUAACUUCCGUACUUCGGCAGUCCCGCAAAACUCACCUGGUCAGCCAAGAAAGAGUCAAAAUGGUAGUAACACUAUAGAAGAUCUGAAUAAGAAAAUGACCAAGACUGCAGUUAGCUCUAAGGGCAACCUGGGGAUGCGUUCGGAUGCUGUAGAGGAUAAUAAUUCGGAUGACGAAAUGCAAGUGGAAGCAAGCGAGACAGCCUCUAGUAAGAUGACUAGCAGGCUCCCCAAGAGCUCAUCGAAUGAUGGAGAAGACGCCAUCCUACGACAACUGUUACCGAAGAAUAGACGUGUCACUUCUGGUAGGAGAACUGCCAGUGCAAGCGGUGGUGUCAGAAAGAUUAGCGGUACUAUUAAAAAAUGA